AUGGCAAAAACAGUCACAGCUCUCGCCAAGCACAAUCCAAAAAUGAUCUAUCUUGCAGCUCGCUCGCGCCCCAGGGGUGAAGGAGCCGUGUCUCGCAUCAAGGCAACAUCGGCAGCUACUGCAGAAGCAAACAUUCAGGUCUUGGACCUAGAUCUUGCAUCGUUUGCAUCUGUACAAGCUGCCGCAGCCCGUGUCGUCGGGGAAACGGAUCGACUUGACCUUCUACACCUCAAUGGAGGUAUUGGUAUGGUCCCGGCCGGUACCACUCUCGAGGGCUAUGAGCUUCAAUUCGGCACAAAUUAUAUGGGCCAUGUGCUUCUUACUCAACUACUGCUCCAAACGCUGCUCAAAACCGCCAGUAUUCCUGGUCCUGAUGUUAGGAUUGUUUCCAUUGGCCAUAAGCUCUUUGCUCCAAACAAAGGCAUGAUUUCUGGAGAGCUCAAAACCGACAUGGAAAACCACGGAGGGGCUGAGCUCUAUGCACAGUCGAUGCUCGCUAAGGCACUAUUUGCGUACGAGUUUGCAAAGCGCUAUCCACAGAUCACUGCGACAUCUUUGCAUCCGGGAACAGUGAAAUCCGGCGUAUGGAACGGAGACAAAAAUGUAAACUGGCUGAUUGCAAACGCCAUUGUUAAACCCGUUGUUGCUUUGACAGGUGUGUCCAACGAAGAGGGCGCCAAGACACAGCUCUGGUGUAGCUUCAGCAAGGAUGUAAAGAGCGGAUGUUACUAUGAACCGAUUGGGAAAGCUGGAAAAGAAAGCAAGCUCGCUCGAGACGAUGCUCUAUCGACAGCUUUGUGGGAGUGGACUGAUAAGGAGUUGCAAGCAUAUGGAACCGCUGGCUGGGCGGACGGCAAUAAGUGA